AUGGAGCCAGAGAAAGCCGUGGCUACCUCCACUCAAAAGCAAGCUAAAAAGAUCACUCAUCUGCAGGAAUCUUACGAAACCCAUUCUGAGGUCUCAUCAAUAACUAAUUGUCAUUCAGGGCCAUUUCUCAGCAAAGCAGCAGCCUCACUAGGAGAACAAAAUGAUAAAAGACAACCAGAUCCGGAGUUCAAAAGUGUGCCUCAAACCAUAGUUAGCAACAGCCAACCAUCUGUCACCACACCUUUGUCCAGGGUGCGAAUGCUACCGUCAACACCUUCGGUUCCAAGCACCGUGCAGCAACGACUCACUAGUCCCUGCAGUUCUAGUAAGCAGCCUAUCCCUGCCUCUUCAAGCAGCCCCCCAGUCAGCCGGAAGCUUCCCACUCCACCGCCUGUUCACAGGAGACUCCCAAGCCCACCUGUUACACGGCGAAAUGUUCCAAACCCGGCCUCCUCGUUUCCUUUCAAGGCACCAUCUCCACCAGCCUCACCGCAAGUUCAGAGAUGUUCGCGGGCGAGCAGCAGCUGCAGCAGUAACGACUCUUCUACGUCUAGGCUGACGGGCAACGCUCGCUCUGUGUUUGGCCUCGCUUCCCCAUCUCUGUUUGAGGCCCAGCCUUACUCAGUGCCUCAACCUCCCCAAGCAUGGACCUCUGCUGGGGGUUCCCUUCAUCCGCGCCCUUGGGGAAGCCAUGCGCGAUGUCCUGUAGCUCUCCGAGGACCGCAGCCUUUUAUUCGGCGCUGCCAUUCAGAGCGAAGAACAAGUCUGCCAUCUCGCUCAGCUGUCAGCUUCUCCAUGGCCCAGAGCUGUGGGAGCGAGCCAUCCUUAAAUACACAGGGGCUGGGGGAUGAACCUCCCAGGGAGGAUGAAUUGUGGAGGAGCCAAUCAGAUCUGCGAACUACCUCACGCUCUCUUACUCACCCUGAUCUAUGCAUUGUGGGUCAGUCCUUACAUCGAGUAUGAAGGGGCUGGUAACGACCAAGUGGGAUUAGGGAUUAGCAGGCCUCUCAAAGGAUUUCUUGUUGUUUUGAAGAAAGUUAUCCCUUUUGUUUUUUUUGAGAACAACUUUUCUCUUAACCUUACUUUAAAUGUUUUUUUGAAAUGUUUUUGUAUGAUUUUAUACAAUGUGUGUGCAUCUGUGUGUCUUUGCGUGAAUAUAUACACAGAAAAAACACAUACUGUACAAUACAGUACAUACUGUAUAUAUUUCACGUUAUGAAAACACUCAAUACAUUGAAUGUCUGGCCUUUUGUUUUUCUAAAUAUGGCUAGGUUAAACUCACUGCGUAUUGGAUUUAAUUGAUCAAGUAGAGCCUGUGAAUAUUUUGGAUAUCUUAAUGAAUAUUUCUGUCUUUAUUAUUUCUGUCUUCUUCUAAUGAGAAAUUAUUUGUCAUAAUUUGUUGAAUAUAAAGACGAUUUUGUUUCAGGUAGUUUUUCCACGUACCUACACAUUUUAAAGGUAGUGCCUAGAAGUUAUUCUAAUUGGGAUCAGGCGGUGUUAUCAUUUGAUCAUCCCAGAUAUAGUAGAGUUUGUUUUAAGUAAGUCUUUACUGUGAAUAUAAUAAUUUAUAUUAACCAUAAUGGGUAUAAACCACACAAGCUCUGGUUAAAUUAACCUUCUUCCUGGGAAAUACCAAACAUACCAGAUACAGCAGAAAUAGAAUCGUACAGGACAGUUUUGUUUUGUUUUCAUUGCGCUAUACUUAGAGUAAUUAUUUCAUAGAGGUGACAUCAUAGGUCAAAUAUAUAACUUAGCAUGAGUCUGCCAUUUUUCUGUACCUACACUGGGCUGCACCACCAUGCGGAAGUUCAAACAUAGCCUAAGGCAUAAGUAACAACUCAACUCUAAAAUUAGGAAUUGCUUGUUUAUCUAAUUAUUGAGUUGGCUCCACCAACACAAAUAGUAACAUACAUUAACACACAUUGCCAAACACAAACAUUUUCCUUAACACAAGAUUUCUAUUUUGUGUAGGCAUAAACAAUACUGUGAGCUAGCUUCUUUGUAUCAUGUACAUUUAUUUGCACGUACGUUUCCAUUAAUUGCGUGAAUAGGGGUGUGUUGACAGUCCCUUUGGUGGCAUGUGAGAUUCCGAUACAGCUUAUUUAAUUAAUGUAAUUAAUGGUUAUUAGAAACACCUGUAAAGCAGAGAGAUACUUGUUAAAAGUCCCAGCGCUGGUAUACUCUAUCAACAUCAUGUUAGGCCUCUUUUCCAAUCAAAUUACAAGGUCAGAACUCACUGCGUACAAGGAAGUCAAUGUACAAUGUACACAGUGUUGCCAUCAGAAAGAGUGAACAUUAUAAAGCAGGGCAAUGGAAAAUUCUGGUUAACGUCUGUCAUGUAGGUCUUGUGGGAAAUUUUUUGAAGAUACAACCGAAGAUAUGCAGAUGUCCUAUUGUACUUAGCAAACAGUGUGAAAAGUUUGUGACGGGCAUUGGGGGAGUUCACACAUCCUUCCAGCUGUGAGGCUUAAAAAAGAUUCCCCCUGCGUGUGGGAUUAGGGAGACCGGUCUGCUCAGUUCACUCAGUAGAAAAAAAGAAAGUGGGAAGAAAUUGAAACCGAGGUAAAAUGAAAAAACACAUAGAAAUACAAACAAUAACAUAAUUCGUUCAGAUUUAUCAGAAGGGUUGGCUUGAGAAAGGAAUUAAAUGUUAACUUAAAUCCAAACAAGUUGACUUAAGAGCGCCUUGCAUGGCAUGAGACAAGGAAAAAAAACACACUUCUUCCUCAUUCACUGAAAUGAGCAUUGCUACGGUGGACCGGUUCGACCGGUGAUUCAGAGCACAUCUACUUAUGAUUCACUGAUCAGCUGUUUCUAUCAAUAGAAAAGGACAUUGAAUGGGACUGUUUACAGUGAAUUGUUUUUUGUAUCUUAUCAUCAUGCAUAAGCAGGUGGUUUUGUAGAGGUGUCUUGUCAACAAUGCAUUCAGACUGGAGAGUGUGGUUGGGUUACCCACGACCGCUCAGCUGGUAGACAGAAACUUUAACCACUCGACUAGGCCUGCCUUAAUUGUACUCAGGUCUUUUUCUCUUCAUCCAUAAUUUAUUUCCAUGAAUUAAAAAAAUAAAGCUUGCUAGAGAGCACAAGGAAGGCCUUGGAUCACAGACAUGACUGAAAUUGAAAGACCACCAUGCUAUUAUGCUAAUCACUGAUCAUCUAAUAAAGAGAUUAUUCAAGGAUGCCAGUCAGCUAAAGACUCAAAGGAAUUGGUCCCAUUUAACUUAUCACUAAUAAAACUGACGUCAUUUUGAUUUAGGUAAAUAUGUUAAGCUGUUUUAAUCAUUGCUUAUGUAUAAAUAUGAUUUAGCUUUAUAUUUAAGUAGUUUUUACUAAUUGUGUCUGUGGCCAACUGCAUUUAACUGCAGGCAUCACAAACAUUGAGUCAGUGUAUAUAUAUAUACAUAUGUAUAUAAAAUGCUAUCCGCCACCUAGGUUACUUUAACUUGGCUCCUCAAAGGACGCAGGGGGUUGUGUUGAAGCUGGUUUAGUAAGGUUUGUAGAUUAUUACAGCCUGGGCUCCAUGCGGGAUAUAUCUUCUGGAAUGUCUGUGUGGAGAUGGCUGGAAUUACCGGUGCAAAUUGAAUGCACAAUGUGCAACAAGUGUGCAGCUUCACCCAGCCCCAGAGUCCAAUCAGUCUUACUCAAGCCAGGUAAACCAACCAUAAGCCACACACAUUCACACACCACAAUAUAUAUUAUCAUUCUUUUUUUAAACAAUCCUUAAAACUUGUACGCAUUUACUUGUAAAAAAUACGUUUAAGUGUGCAUACUUCGAUAACUGUAGUUAAUCUCUUAUGUUGUAGUUACGGAUGACCGCCACUAAAGGGUGCUAUGUUUCCUAUUUCCAUCGUUCAUCUCUUGUGCUCUUUUGACCAUAUACGUACAGUAUACGACGUAUCUAUCUACAGGUAUUGUUUCUAUAUAAAUUGACAUUUUGGGGAAUUAAAACCUUCUGACGUAGGCUACUAAUAUAAUCUAUAAUUUUUAUUUAUUUUUAUGAUUGGCUCAAGUUCUAGCUCAGUUUCAAUACAUAUUGGACAAAUAAUGCAAUGAUGCAAUUGCCAGUGUCAGAUUUGUAUUAACCUUUAUCCAUAUGAUAGUUUUUGACAGUAUUUUGUGUGGUUAACAUUGCUUAAAACCUAGUAAACAUAUAUGAUAUCCUGCUAAUAAAGUGUGUGUCACUUUUCCCAUUCAUACAAACUAGA